AUGUCGACUACUACAACCACAACGGAGGUGCAGACCUCGGAUACCCCCAUCACGCUCCAGAUUCCUGGCACGCGCAAGGUGUCGGCGACGAUCAAUUACAUGUCGCGCACCGUCGAGAAGCCGUUCACGUCGCUCUACAAGCCCGAGGAUGGCAGGACCAACAACCACGUCUACGACGCGCGCACCGUCGAAAUCACCGACCUCAACGGCACCACGCCCGCUGACCGAGAGCGCGCUGGUCUCAACACACGCGAGGCCGGCUUCGAGAUUGUGCCCGGAUUCGGUCUGGCAGAGACCGAAAAGGCGUGGGCUGAACAGAAAUGGGAAGACGAAAAGUGGAUCGAGUCGGCUUACUACGCCGAUGUGGACCAGCUGUUCAAGGACAAGCUUGGCGUCACGUCCACCUUUGUCUUUGACCACACGGUGAGGAAGCGUCGUCCCAAGGAGGAGGAGGAUCUGCCCGAGACAUCCGAGACGCGCAAGCCCGUAGCUGUAGCGCACUCGGACCAGAGUCGAUGGGCGGGCGAGAACCGUGUGCGCAAGCAUCUGGGCCAAGAGACGCUUGACCGGGUGCUGCGCGGCGAACUUCAUGCGCAGCUCAUCAACCUCUGGCGACCUUUGAGGGGAAAGGUGUAUGACUGGCCUCUGGCGGUCGCUGACAGCCGAACUGUCUCCCGAGGAGAGAACGGCAAGCCCAAGGACUGGAUCGUUUCCGAACUGCGCUAUCCCACCUGGACCGGUCAGACGCUCUCGAUCUACGCCAAUCCGGAGCACCGAUGGUACUACAAGAGUGGGCUGGGCACCGACGAGGCGAUUCUGCUCAAGUGCUACGACUCGGAGACCGAGACGAGGACACCGCACACGGCUUUCGAAGAUCCUACCGCUCCGAAGGAUGCCGAACCUCGUUGGUCUAUCGAGGUUCGUGUGCUGGCCAUCACCGAUCCUGCUUUGAAGAAGCAGCAGCAGCAGCAGCAGUGA